GUUCCUGCCAUGAUCCUGCCUUGACGCUUCGUGUACGAGACUCGCACUCAUCAGCGGCAUGCACAUCCAUCCUUUCUGGGGAAAACUUCUUUUUUGCUUCCAUCAUUCAAUGACAAUCUGCCCGAGAAUCAAUCCGAUGAGAAUUUCCAGCCUGGUGAUUUUCCUCCCAAUAGAUCAGUCGUUCUGUUCAUCCUUGAAAUAUCAACACAUGUGGCACUGUAUCAGUGGAUGCCUCCAUCAUCGUUAUGGGACACGGAAUUCUCAUUGUGUUGGCAUCUGCUUACAUCUUCGUUCCUUUUGCUAUCAUGAUGUUUCCAAGAUGUAUAUAAGUCCGGGCUGGCAAACAUGACGUCUCUCCAGCGGCGCUCACGUGAAUCUGGCAUUCAUAGUAUCAGCAUAUCUAGCAAUCAAGUAUAACCUACAUAUGCAGCCAUGAUGAUGACCGGGUUAAUGACUGUCUUUGGCCUGGUUGCCGCCUUCUUUCUACCUUCGAUGUCACUUUCUAUUCCUAUCAAUAAAGGAAACCCUGUCCAGCCGGUGAAACCUCGUUUCUUGGAUGGGCCCCCAUCUCUUUUGAACAUUGGUGGCAAACCCAAUGGCACUGUCAACGCCUCCACAGUGUCGGCCCUUGAAGAAACGCAAUUUGGUGGGCACACCCCAAUUCUGCGAAGAUCACAAGAUGGCACUUCGUCAGAAUCAGGCGGCAUCGUACGUGUUCCACGAAAGGUACUCCAGUUGACAAGUGAAGAGCUUCAACGCUUGCGCACAGGAGUCUAGAAACAUUGGACGAUCUCUCCGAGCGAGGACUGAAACAUUAUCAUGCUAAUAAUGAGUCUGCUGAAUCUUCGGGACUGGCGACUAAAUACAUGUCUAAUUCAGAAUGCCUGUCUUGAGGCCACGAUAGACACUGAUAGACAUCUUUCGACGUGAUCAUCUCCUGAUCACGCUCAUCAAGUUAAUGUCGGCGGAUUCCCGCGAGAUGAGAGUCCUUGUUGAGGGAAAGGGCUGACUGCGGGGAUCUUGUUUCGCGAUGAACAUGAUUACUCACCUUGGGCUCGCCCUAUUGUUCCUGUGUUAAGACAACAGGUCUUCAUCAAGAUUGUGACAUUUGAGUUCAAUCUCAUCGUCAAAAGUCGUGUAUUCUAAAAGACGCUAUCUGUCAAUUGGAGUUUUCGAGGACGACCCCUUGCAGGUCAUUGCAUCGAGGAGCCGGUCUCAACUCUAUGACUACGUCUCUUCCAUCCUAACUUAUUCUGAAAUACUUUCAUAUUUCUUGCUUCAUAGGCGGUUGUUUCCGCGAAGCCAGAAAUGUGAUAUGUACGGCCA